AUGAGGAUGCUGAUUGUUCAAGUGCAUGUCAAUAAAAAUGAUUUAAAUUACUAUACAGAUCCUGUUGGAGAUGAAGCCCUAGUAACUGCAGCAAACAACUUGGAGAAGGAAGCAACACAGACAAUUGUAGAACUCCCUGAUAAUUUGACAGGAACAAGUGUCACAUAUGACCUGAUGAUAUCAGAAUCUGGGGCUAAGAUUAAGAAAAAAGAUGAAAAAGAGAAAGGAAGAAAGAGGAAAAAUGAAGAAAGUGUUGCUGAGCUGCAAAGACUGGUUCUGAAAGAAGAUUUGCGAAGAAUUCGAGAAGAAACAGAGCUGAUCAUACUACAGAAGGAAAAGGUUGCAUUGGAGAUUCUGAAACUUAAAUUAGAAACAUCAUCUUUGCAAACUGAAAAUGAAAUGUAAAUUAAAAGUAGUUAUUGACAAUGAAUUGUCUGAUGUUGUUAUUCAUGGGCUGGGCAGCUACUUCAUCUAAGACAUCAGCCUCAUCUCUUUGGUCCUGAGUGUCAUCACAGCCAGCAUCAUUGAUUGUCUCUCUCCUGUCCUGAGCAAUAUUGUGUAAAACAGCACACGCCACAAUUAUUUUUGCUGCACGUUCUGGUUUACACUAAAUUGAAAAGUUCAAAAUUAUAUACUUUAAUAAUGUGAAGAGUUUCAGAAACAUCUGUUAUAAUAUGACUCAAUUAAGACUGCAUGCUUCUUCUUACAUCGAAUCACAAAAAAUACAUUGUAUUUAUGAAUUGCAAAUUUAUUUUAAAAGUCUGCAUAUGAAUUUGUAAAUUAUUUAAAAUUACCUUGAUUUCUCCAUGCAAAGCCAAGAAGCGCCUUUUAAGCCAUCCAAAACUUCGCUCAAUAACUGUUCUAGUUUGUG